AUGCUCCCGUCUGAGACUGGCCUCGACGGCUGGUUGCGGUAUGCCGCACUUCCUGACGAGUUUGCCAACCUACGCUCCCGAUACUCAACAAUUAUCUCCCUUACGGGCAACCAAAGCAGUCCUGUAUUCACUGCCGCAAGAGAGCUGCAAGUCGGUCUGUCUAAAAUAUUGGGCCAGAGUGUCAACCUGGAGACGAAGCUCCCGGGAAUCGCAGAUGUCUCCUCUAUUGUUGUAGGAACUGUGAAAACAUUCUUAUCUGCUGGCCGGGACACUCCUGAUACACUGUCUCUCAAAGAGGAUGGAUACUGUCUCAUCUGUAAAGAUGGGAAGGCUACAGAGAUCAUCGGCCAAAACGAACAAGGUGCACUAUACGGCGCUUUUGAGUUCCUUAGGCUUCUGUCCCGGAACCAGCCGCUGCCCAAUAUGCAUAUAUCCAACCCCAGCGCUCCAAUUCGGUGGGUAAAUCAGUGGGAUAACCUGGACGGUACCAUUGAGAGAGGAUAUGCAGGCCCUUCGAUAUUUUUUGCGGACGGAUACGUGCUCGAAGAUCUGACUCGUGUUCAACAAUAUGCGCGGCUUCUGGCAUCUGUUGGGCUGAAUGGCCUGAUUGUGAAUAACGUCAACUCCAAUUACAAUCUUCUUAAUCCCAUAAAUAUGCAAGGACUGGCUCGGAUUGCGGACAUAAUGAGACCAUGGGGAGUUCGAAUUGGCAUCUCUCUGUAUUUUGAUACACCAAAAGGCCUCGGAGGUUUGCGCACAUCUGAUCCUCUGGAUCCCGACGUUAUUGCUUGGUGGGGGAGCAUUACGUCUGAGCUAUAUCGUCAUGUCCCUGAUAUGCUAGGGUAUCUGAUCAAGGCGAAUUCUGAAGGACAGCCAGGUCCACUGACAUAUGGUCGCACUCUUGCCGAUGGUGCGAACAUGUUUGCCAGAGCCCUGCAGCCUCACGGUGACGGCGUCGUCAUGUAUCGGGCCUUCGUCUACAACCACCACCUUGAUGAAUCUGACUGGAAGAAUGACAGGGCGAACGCUGCGGUUGAGUACUUUGAUGGGCUGGAUACUCAAUUCGAAGAUAAUGUCAUUAUUCAGAUCAAAUACGGCCCCAUUGAUUUUCAGAUCCGGGAACCACCGUCGCCCCUUCUUGCUCACCUGCGGAAAACGCCUAUUAUUCUCGAAUUGCAAGUGACACAAGAGUAUCUUGGCCAACAAGAUCACGUUGUGUAUUUACCACCGCUUUGGAAGACCAUUUUCAAUUUUGAUCUCCAUGUAGAUGGUCAGCAGUCCUUGGUCCGAGAUAUAGUAUCUGGUCAACGCUUCAACUGGACUAGAAGUGGUUACGCGGCUGUGGUUAAUGUAGGAAACGACCCUACAUGGUUGGGAAGCCAUCUUGCUAUGGCUAACCUGUAUGCAUAUGGACUGUGCACUUGGGACCCUCAGCAAAGCGAAAUUGAUAUAAUCCAAAGCUGGACACAGCUGACCUUCGGUUUACACAAAACCAUCGUGGAUACCAUAACAAGUAUUUCCAUGGCUUCAUGGCCAACAUAUGAGGAUUACAGUGGCAAUCUCGGCAUUCAAACUUUGUGCGAUAUUGUCACACAUUGCCAUUAUGGUCCCUGCCCAGCGUCGCAGGACGGCAAUGGAUGGGGUCAGUGGACUCGUGCUAAUGCACAUUCGAUUGGCAUGGAUCGAACUGUCGCCACUGGAACAGGAAAUUCUGGGCAAUAUCCUCAAGUUGUUGCUGAGCGGUUUGAGCGCAUUGAUACCACUCCCGAUGAGCUUCUCUUAUGGUUUCACCAUGUUCCGUACACUCAUCGUCUGAAGUCUGGUAAAACCGUCAUUCAGCACUUCUAUGACUCCCACUAUGCCGGAGCUCUUGUCGCCCAGACAUUUCCGCAGCAGUGGGAAGCUUUGCGGGGAUUGAUAGACAAUGAUCGAUUUGACCAUGUGGCUUUCCGUUUACGGUAUCAAGCAGGCCAUGCACUGGUAUGGCGAGACUCCAUCAACAAUUUCUACUACGCCAAGUGUGGCAUUAAAGACGAACAUAACCGAGUUGGUAACCAUGCAUGGAGAAUUGAGGCGGAAGAUAUGACGCUUGAAGGAUAUGCAGUGGUUCCUGUCACGCCAUUCGAGGCUGCCUCUGGAGGAAAAGCGAUCGCGACGAUCCCAGGGGCGAAUAUCGGUACUGCACAGUGUACUGUUACUUUUCCCUCUGGGGUUUACGACGUUGCAAUUAACUACUACGAUCAUCUGGGUGGCAGAUCUCAAUAUCAAGUCUUUUUGAAUGAAAAGUUAGUUGGUGCUUGGACAGGUGAUCUUCAGGACAAACUGAGCCAUGACUUCUCGGAUCGUAUUGACGGUCAUUCUGCUACUCGAGUCACCUUCAAUAGUGUGAAUGUCGAAAAAGGCGAUUCACUGAAGAUCGUUGGUAAGCCAGAUGGGAACGAACUCGCCCCGGUAGACUACGUUUCAUUCUUGCCACGAGGUGUGGUGGACUAG